AUCUUUUUGGGGAUCUACGUCAAGCACAAGCGCAAAUAGGAAAAAUAUCAUAGAGCGAAGCAAGGAGGAUAAACAGACUCGGGUACCGCCGGUUAGUGAAGCUAGCUGUUUUUUCAAUUGCAAGGGGACUUGCAAGAAAGCCUUUACCGUUAUGGUCAACAGCUUUUUUGUCCAUCUUGUCUCUCGGCAUUAUCUUGGUACUAGGCACCCUUUUGGCUUGUCUUCUCAAUCUCAAUCUCAUUUGAAGCACUUACAACACGGGCAUCAAAGGCACCAUGAUCGAGAUGAGAGGACCAAGAUAGUACAAGGGCAAAUAAGGUACUGUCCUUAUCGAGAUGAGGCGAUCAAGAUAGAUCAAUACAACAAGAAGCUGUUGACAGAUCUAAUUUCACCAGAUACUGCAGUACUGAAAACCCAAGGAAGUGUCCCGAAUGCAGGGGCAACUUACAGCAGAAACUAUUUGUCCCAAAAUGUUUCGAUAACGCACCUCCUUCGGCUCCAUAUUAAGCUGGACGUAGUACCAUAUCAUUAUUAAGCUGUGGACGACGUAGUCGAGGACGAGGUCGAGGAGCAGAGCCCUAUGAACUACAGAAAGAAGACGAAGAUGAGCAGUAGUAAUAACCUCUUGUGAUGAAAAUCUAAAUCUACUUCGCGAAGCGAGUAUCAGUUUUCCUUUUUCUUUCUGAAAUUCUUUUCUCCUCUCUCAGUCUCUGUCUGGAAAUCCGUACGAAGCCACACUAUUUAUUCGGCGAUCAUCAUCAUGAUGGACAAGGUCCACCUUCAGCUUGCACCGUCGUCCUCUUGGACUUUCAGCAUGGUAGUUGUUUGCUCUGUUUUUAGCAGCGACGAGAGCACUGCAGCCUGUUCCUCUUCUUCGACCUUCUUGCUGUACUAGUUCGCUCUUCUUCUUUGCUUGAAUCAUCAGCACUUCCCAUUCUUUCUUGUUUAAUAAAAACGUGAACGUUUUGUAACAUCAUGAUGCUAUUACC